AUGGGGAAAUACAUGAGGAAGAGCAAAUUCGAUGGAGAAGCUAAUAUAUCUUUGAUGGACGCUUCUCCUUCUCCUUCUUCUCAGCUCGGUGUUCUUACUCGAGCUCAAUCCCUAGCUCUCCAACGCCGCCUUCAAAAACCUCCACCGACUUCUCCUUCUCCUAAUCCUCCGUCUAAACGGAAACAGAAGGUGAAUGAUUCUGGCAACUCGUAUCUUCAGCUACGUAGUCGUCGGCUCCAGAAGAAACCUCCAAUUGUUGUAAUCAAACAGAGAAAGCAGCAGCAGAGGAAAGAAUCACGCGGCCGAAACCCUAAGUCAGAUUCUGUUGCUGAGAGUGAUGAUGUCUAUGGCAAAGAGAAGGAACUGAAUGAUGAAAUCAACAAAGGCUCAACUUCAUUUGAGGGAAAAAAAUUGGAGCUUCAGGGCAUUGAAAGCUUAAACAGGAGCACAAGUGAAUCCACACCAUGCACUUUGAAUAGAGAGGCUGAGAUUAACACAAGCGUGGAAUCGGCUACAAAGCUUAAUACUAGUGACAACAGCGACCAAAGAGAAGAGAACUUGUCGGGCAGUCACCGUCCAACUACACCUGAUAUGGACAGGUUUUUCUCCGGUGCUGAAGAAGAACAACAGAGGCUGUUCAUUGAAAAGUACAACUUUGACCCUGUGAACGAACAACCACUACCAGGAAGGUUUGAAUGGGAGAAGGUAGAUAAUUAAUAGAGGAGGGGGAUUAGUAGUUAAUACAGAGUUUAGUAACAUUAUAAUGCUAAUCAUCGGUUUGAUCUUAUUUCCAUCAUCCGUGUCUUAACUUUUUCCAACAUGUAAAGAAGUUAGGAUAAAAAACUUCAUGUAGCGUUUUCAAACUGGUGUUUGUAACAUAAGUGGCUGUAAAGGGGUUUGUGUAACACAUAACUGAUACCAACCCUUUUUAAGUCUAAACAGAUAACAUAGUAGUAGUAGCGUUUAGGGGUUAAAGUUAUGUCGGCUAAUGAUCAGUGGUUUCUAAAGAUCUGAGAAUGUGAGUUUUGCAUUCUCUUGUAACCAUUUUAAAAUCUAUCCUUUUGUGUGUAAACAUAACAUGUACUGAUCUCAAUAAAGAUACCCCUUUCUUGUU